GAUAAGGCAAGGCAAGUAGGGGAGGUGGGAAUUGGGAGGAAAGGCAGCAAAGCAAUUCAUUCUCACUGCCUCCGCCGGUUAUGGAGUUAUGAUACAAAAAGCUCUCAUUUAUUAUUAAGGUAAGGGGGUUAUGGAAAUCUGCAGCAGUCAACAUGGUAGCAGCAUUAUGUGGUUCUUUAGGGAUAGAGGUUUUGAUGAUAAAAGCAUCGAUGAAAUGUUUAAGAAGUGCAAGCGCCUUGAGGGUGCUCAAAGAGAGAGAGCUUCCGAAAACUGGGCUUACCUCAAAAGCAUCGGCAUUCAAGAGAGAAAGCUCCCUUCCAUUGUUUCAAAGUGCCCCAAGAUACUUACACUAGGUCUCCAUGAGAAGCUUGUUCCCAUGGUUGAGUGCCUCUCCACGCUGGGUACAAAACCCCAUGAAGUUGCUUCUGCCAUAGUCAAAUUCCCUCACAUACUCUCCCACAGUGUGGAAGAGAAGCUCUGUCCGCUUCUGGCCUUCUUUCAGGCACUGGGCGUCCCUGAAAAGCAACUUGGAAAGAUGAUAUUGCUCAACCCCAGGCUCAUCAGCUAUAGCAUUGAAUCCAAGCUAACAGAGAUAGCAGACUUUCUUGCUAGUCUUGGCCUUGCCAGAGAUGGGAUGGUUGGCAAAGUUAUGGCCAAAAACCCAUUUAUAAUGGGUUAUAGUGUUGAAAAAAGGCUACGCCCUACUUCAGAGUUUCUGAGAUCAGUAGGUCUGACAGAGCAUGAUCUUCAAACAGUGGCAAUGAACUUCCCUGAAGUUCUCUGUAGAGAUGUGAACAAGGUCCUGAAACCCAAUUUGGAUUUUCUUAAGAGGUGUGGGUUUGGAGAUGGACAGAUAGCAGCCUUGGUAACUGGUUUCCCCCCUAUUUUGAUCAAGAGCGUCCGGAAUUCUUUAGAACCUCGGAUCAAGUUUCUGGUGGAGGUAAUGGGGAGACAAAUUGAUGAAGUCAUUGAUUAUCCUGACUUCUUUCGGCAUGGUUUGAAGAAGAGAUUGGAGUCGAGGCACAAACUUUUGAAACAGAAGAAUAUAGCUUGUAGCUUGAGUGAAAUGCUGGAGUGUAAUCAAAAGAAGUUCUUAAUGAAGUUUGGUUUGUUUGAAGGAUAUGCCUGAGGUACUGUGGUCAUAUUUCUUUUUCUUCAACUUUCUAGAAUUUAGCUUAUUUUAAUUUUGUAUAUUAGAUUUAUUUUCAUGAAUGUGGAAUGCAACUAACUUGUCUCUGGUCCUGGGUGCAUCAAUGAAUAGUUUUUGACUUCA